AUGGGAGGAAUGAAAGAUGAGGCCAAGAGGAUAACGAUUCCUCCAUUGUUCCCAAGGGUUCAUAUGAAUGACACUGGAAGAGGAGGCUUGUCUCAGCCUUUUGAUGGCAAAUCAAUGUCUCUCUACAAACGUUCCACUCUUCCUUCUCCGACCAGCAAUAAGAUCUCUGAUUCUCCUUCCAUUUUCUCUCUGUCUCUUCCUCCACCACCCAACAACACCCAUCUCACUGAUCGACCUGAAAAGAAUCAGUUUUCACCAAUCUGUAACACUUCUCCAGCAACAAAGUUUGAGGGGAAGAUAAAUAAAAAAGUCAUGAACUAUCCAAGUCUUAGAGGAUCAUCAGUUACUAAUACUAAGCCUAGUCCAAUAAAACAAAAUGAGUACCAUUUCAAGAAUCUCACAAACUUGGAUCCUCUUAAAGUUCCUGUUGUUAGACGCUCAGAGAAAGAUCCACAAGCAAACACAGACUUGUCACUUCAGUUUUGUACUAUCAAUAGCAGUAAAGCUGUAGGAGAAGCUGCUGGUUCAAAGACUGCCAUGAACAAUCUUCGUAUUCAAGAAAACCGUUUGCCAGGGUGUUUGGAAAAUGAAAACCAGAAUAGGUCUCUGAAUAUGAUGAAAAGUCAACUGUAUAGAAGAAGAGCCAUUGAUGUGUUCAACGAUGAAACUCAGAAGAAGCCUAAAACUCUGCCUCCAGGUGAACAAGAUGUCUCCGACUGUUCUGCAAUAGAAUCUUUGUCUGGUAUGAGUGCAUCUUCUAAUGAUGUUGCCAGAGUGAUUGGUGACAAGAGGUUUUGGAAGAUGAGAACAUAUAUGAUCAAUCAGCAGAAGAUCUUCACUGCACAAGUCUUUGAGCUUCAUAGACUGAUAAUGGUUCAAAAGAUGAUUGCAAAAUCACCAAAUCUUGUUCUUGAAAGUAAGCUUAACGGCGGCAAACGUGGCACAAUGAGGCCAUCACAUUUGCUGGAAAUGGCGGCUUCAAAGGUUAAGAAACCAAACACUGAGAAUCAAAAACCUGUAAUAAUAACAGAAGACUACCCAGAGCAUAUGAAACCAAAGCUUCCUCUACUGCCUUCCUUAGGCAAAGACCUAGUGACACCAAUCUGGCCACAACAGCUACUUCCUCCUCCUGGAAACCAAUGGUUAGUUCCUGUAAUGUCUCCUUCAGAAGGUCUUGUCUAUAAACCAUACGCAGGACCAUGUCCUCCUCCUUCUUCAGCUUUCAUGGUUCCAAUGUAUGGCCAAGAUUCUCUUGAAACAGCAUUCAGGUUCCCUGUCUCAUCUCAGUUUAGCCACAGCUACUUCCCACCGAGGACAACAGCACUUGACCAGACAAACCCGUUUGGUCAGUUUCAAAGGUGGUCUAGCACAUCGAGCCACAUGACUCAAGCGAUUCCAUUUUCUUUAAAGAAGUCUCAGGAGUCUAAUGACAGUGAGGUACAUGGAAGUACAGCUUCAAGUCCACCAGAGAAGCAUAAAUUUGAUGUGCUUCCUCUUUUCCCUACAGAGCCUACUCAUCACGCCAUUAAAGCCAUUCCUCAUAAUCCAACAUCUGCCUCUGAAUCUGCUGCAAGAAUCUUCCGUUCCAUUCAGGAAGAAAGGAGGGAGACAGAUCAUAUGAUUAGUUAG